AUGUUAAAUCUAAUAUUCUUAUUGCAGACUGGUGGUGGUCCUGCCGAUUAUAUACCUCCAGAUGACAUAUUAGACCGGGUGACCAGUCUAUUAGGAAGUACAGUCAUUGGGUUUACUGUGCCUUUUGGGGGUGAUAAGGAAAUGGCUUGGUUUGAUGUUUGUGGUGGUGCUGAUGGUAUAGUUGGAAUAAGUGAUGAUCUUGAAAAAAUUGGAAAUGUGACGGUGCAGACAGAACAAAUAGUUGAUACAAAGGAAAAGAAAUUUAAGCCAGAUGAGAACAGGACAGCCAGGAACACUGCUAUAGCUGAAUAUUAUUCAGCGAAAAAACAAUGCUUGGAUGCCAAGUUAAAUAAUAUUAACUUAGAAAAUGAUUAUUUAAAACUAAAAAAUGUAGAACUUAAACUGAAUAAUGAAAAGCUUACGUUAGAGACUGAGAAAUUAAAAUUAGAAUUAGAGCGGUUAAGAAAGCAAUAA